AUGUUACUUCUUCCGCUCAUCGGAGCAUUUUACAUCGCUCUCUUGGGGGCAGUCCUCCCUGUUCCGGGAGUUAUGUAUCCCUCAGAAAGUUACUUGAGGCGCCUGUCGGGCAUCAUGCGCGCCAUGACUUUGACGAAGGGGGUCUUCGAAGUGAUGGAGCUAAUUGGCAUAUACUAUAUCGAGCCUGAGUACGCAGCACCAAAGACAGAACGCACCUAUCUGUGGUCUCGCGAGCCCUUCGAACCGCUAGCUGAGAUAGACGCCCCUGAAAUGUUCAUAUGGCCACUCGUAUUCAACCACCAGCUGUGGGAGGAUGUCUGGGAGAAGGGAUGGGAGGACGCUUGGGAUGAUACUGAUGAGGCGCCUUACAUGGACCUAGUUCCCGUGGACCCCGACCCGCCGACAUCUAUCUCACCCCCGUGGCCCUUCGACGCUGUCUCAGUCAUGGCAGUGGUUUUCCUUGCUUCCUUGUGGUUUCUCUACAAACGCGACACUCACACACCGGGAGAUCUGUCGGAGGACCCUCCCGAGGAGCCUAGCUGCCUCGUGGAUGAUGAGGCGCCGUCUCUUUUCGAGGAGGUGGUUGCCCUGAUCGAAUCGUCGACGUCCUUGCCGCACUCCGGCGGCCCCGAUCCUCUCACCCUCCCUGAGGGAUCUGGCAUUGCUGGAGAGCCGGGGUUCAAUUACGCUAUCGAUGAACUCAAGAACUCUACCCAGGACACGUCGGAUGUGAUGGGCCCGUCUAUUCACGUUCAGACUCCAGAAAUUCCAGCGAGUUCCGCCGGUCCUCCCGUGGUUGGUGACUCAAGGAAUGACCCGCCCGCUGAACAGAGCAACGAGUCCAGAGCAGAAACCGUGUCCAAUCCGGUCAGUCAUAGCAGGCGUUCACGACCGAGCCGGGCUAAGAGGUUUCGCCGUCGCGGGAGGGCACUAAGGGAUUUACAGGGUGAAGCGAGCGCGGUGAUCGCAAGGCCUGCUUCUGCUGUUCAUCCUGAGUCCAGCGUUCCUCCGGUGCCUCCUGAAGGCCCAGGGCGAGCGGUAGCAUAUUACCAGGUCGUCUACUAUGACCCGGUGUACGGAUACUACAGUGGUCCUUCCCUGGUUCCCGUGUACGUUCAGUACAUGCAUCAGCCGUUGCCUGGCUGGCAGUACAUCCCACCGCUGCCUCCAUUCGUUUUCUACCAGUAUUAG